UGUUUGUUGUCACAUUUCACAACAACAAUCAACACUGUUCUAACGCGGCACCAAAAUCAAAAUCGAAGUUCUAAAUUAAGCAUGAUCCCUCACCAUAAAUUCUCAUUCCCAAUUCACAAUCACAUUCAUUCAUCAAUUUCCCAAAUCCUCUGAGCAUUCUUCAAUUGUCUUCUCCCUCUGGUGGUGCCGUGUUGGCCAUGGCAGCAGCAAAAACCGGGUGAAGAAGAACCUCUCAAACGACGCCGUUUCCAGAGGACCAACCAUGGAGGCGGAGAGGAUGAGGCAAUUGGUGCUCCUAUGUUCUAGAAAUCAAACUUCUCGUGUCGCUCUUGUGGGUGGAAAUCACACCGCUGCAAGGUUCUGCAGUCGCUAAACUUCCAACCUGUGUUGUUGUUUUCUCGCUCUCAGCUAUUUUCUUCGGUUUUCUGCAUCUGGGUCAUCUCCAUUUUUGCGGAAAAGGUAGUUUUGCAAAAUGGGUAUGCAGCAUUUGCACGGUGGAAGUAGGGUUGCAUUGAAUUCUGAGGCUGUUUUGGUGAUCAAGGUUCCUGAUGCGCAGGUUUUGAGAAUUGUGUCACGGUCUUUGUUUCUGGCUCUGGUUUUUGCCACCUUGCCUUUCUUGGGGUCCUUUUUGAAUGGUUCAGUUGUUUCUGAAUUUGCUGCUAAAUCUGGGUCAUCUAUCAAUGUUGAGGUAUUGGGUUUGAUUCUCCAUGAUUUGGGUGAGGAAGGCCUUCUCAGAAAGGAGGAUAAGGCUCUUAUUUUGAACACGCCGCGCGGGUUUAAGGGUGGUGUUGCUUUGUUGAACUGGGACAAUGAAGUUAAUGUGGUUAUGGAUGAGUCAUAUGAUUUUGUGAUCACCCCUAGCUUUGAGGAUGCUGUAUUUGCUGAUAGUGUUUUGAAAGUUAAUGGCAUUGUAGCUUUCCCAUUGAGCGAUAACGCUUCGGGUUCUGGUUUUAGAAAACAAUCUCAUUAUAAAGUUGUGUAUCUUAGGAGGUAUGGAGAAAUCUUUGUAGCAUUAAGGAAAAUUGGUCUGGCCAAUAAGAACUUGGUGGAUUCUUCACCAAAGAGGAAGCUUUGCCAGUUUACAACAGAGACCAAGGAAGCUGCUUUAAAGGGUCUUGAAGGUCCCCUCCUUGAGCCCCCAAGAGAGGCUGUUGACAAUUCAAACAAGAACUUGAAGAUCAAGUACCUACCUGAGUUAUUGGAUGAUUCUCUUGAAGGGUACAAGCGAAGAGUCUUCAUUGGUGUUGGCUUGCGUGAGGAAAAUAAAGCUGCAGUUGAAUGGUUUGAGAGGAACUACCCAAAGAAGGGUACAAAGUUCCAGAUUCACAGUCUCCUGGUUGCACCAGAAGAAGACCUGCCUGUGCCUCACAGCGCCGAUUUUUCGGAUUGGUUAUCUAAGCAUGUGAAGGAGGAAGAGUAUGUUGUGAUGAAGGCAGAAGCAGCUGUGGUUGAGGAGAUGAUGAAGAAAAGGACAAUCUACUUAGUGGAUGAACUGUUCCUCGAGUGCAACAAUGAAUGGUGGCAAACUGGGAAGCAAAAGAAAAGUAGGAGAGCUUAUUGGGAGUGCUUGGCUUUGUAUGGAAGGUUGAGGGAUGAGGGAGUUGCAGUACAUCAAUGGUGGGGUUGAAUGAAGCAGACAUGGCACUUUGAUAGUGAUAGCUACUAGCUGUGUGUGUUUGGAAAACUUCUGCAGAUCCACGUUUGGCCCUGAUCCACGUUUGUAGAAGCAAGAAAUAGUUGCUUUUGGAUUUCUGGAUCCACGUUUGGCCUCUCCAGAUUUGAAACCAAACACACACUAGCUUGAUGUUGCUGUCAUGUACUCUGUAGUAUUAUAUGCUUGACUUCUUCAGUUUUCUUCUGGUUUGAUAUGUUUCUACUGUUUGAGUUUGUGCCUAGGUGAGAACUGAGUGCGCCACUGAUGUAUCUAUUUAUUUUUCUUUUGCACAAUGCUAACAUAAUAACAAUGUAUCCUAGUUAUUUUUUCUUUUUUGUUAUUAUGUUUUUGUGUUGAUGUAAUGUAACUAGUUGUAUUAUACCUGCACCUUCAACUA